AUGGAAUCUGCUGAAGAGCCAUUAUGGAAAUUUCGUUAUCCGCAACGAACGAGGACCACAUUCACUGAUUUGGAACCUGCUUUUCGGCAUCCAUUACUUCCACCUUCUGUUUUUCUGCAGAAAGAGACAUCUCAGCAGUCUCAGGAAGAGUCAAAAUACGACUUUAUAGACCCCCUAGGUGCAACGAUCGAAGAGGAACUUCCAGCUAAUGUCACUCGACUUGACUUGGAUGCUCUUGAGGAUAUUAAACCAAAAAAGGAACCGAUUCUAGAUAACACUCUUGAAACUAAGAGCAAAGACGGUCCGGUCAGAGACGUGGAAUUGACGGAUUUUGAACCGUGGAGAUCAAAACGAGCGCAAAUAUUAAACGAGCAUGAGGCUUCAGAUAAGAAAGGCGCAUAUUCUACGUUUGGGUCGUCGUCCCCUGCCAAGUUCACCAUGAGCAGCAAGACUCGACACAGAUUGGAAGUGCUAGAGGACAUGUCAGGACUGCGAAAGAUGUCGGACAUUUCCGAAAAUGAACUAGUCACGCAUAUAAACGAUCUGCGGGAGAAAUUUUUGGCGGCCUGGGAAGACAAUCAAAGAGUUGAGUCCGUUCGGGUAGGUUGAUU